AUGCAGUUAGCCGAGCAAUUGGUACUCGAUCUCAGUAUUCCACCAAAGUCACCGCCUGCCACCACCUUCGUCACAACCACCAUCCACAAGUUAAGGAGAGUCAUUCAUGAUGCAUCAAGUUCCAACCUCAGGGUCCCCAUGUUCAUCCUCAAUGUAGUAUAUGAUUAUUGGCCAGUAAUUAGUAGUCUAGACUCUAGAUUUCAUGAUGAUUUAGAGAAAGAUAUUGCCCACACCAAUAGCCAAGAAACAACCACUCAAUCCCGCGUUAGCUAUAAAACCUGUUCGGGAGAGCACCCUCAAGAAAUUGUUUGCAUCAAUUUGCUAAUUACAUGGACGGUGGUGUCACUAGAUGGGGAGGGAGUGACUGGUAUAGCAGAGAUACAUUCAAGCAUUCAGGUAAUACCAUGGAGCUAUGUGUUGGUUGUGGACAUUAUGACUUGUCUCUAUGAACUGCCCUCCACAUGAAGCUACUCAUGGAUAAGCAUGGUUGAUCAAUAUUCGUUCUUCAACCAAGAAAGAAAGUCAUUAGCUAGCUAUGAAUAUGGAAGCUUGAUGAUGAAAAAAGCCUUUCUUAAAGAACAUGAAAAUGGGAAACAUGAAAUGGUUGAUAUAUGGAGGGGGACUAUAAAAGAAAUGGAUUUGAAACCAAAGAGUUGGUCCAAUGGCAUCUAACUGUUUAAACAGAAGUAUAACAAAAAGAACCAUAUAUGGUCUAAUAGCAUCUAUUUAGUUGUUUUCUAUAGCACACCUUUGUUUUAUUUCAUUAUAUGAGAACAUAGAGCUUUCAAUUAUCGGCCAAUUGUUAAAAAUUGAGCUUUCAAAGAAUUGUCGUCAAAAUAUUGGAGUUUGGAUCUCCUAUAAGUAUGAUUCUAAAGAAAAAUUCCAGCCUAGGUAUUUUUAUUUAUCAAAAUUUGUUCUGACCCUGAAAUGGCAGUUUUCACUUAUAUAUGACAUUUUAUUUUUAUGAAAUGACAGUGUACUUAUGGAAUAGCAAUGUCUUAUAUAUUUUUUAUUGUUUAAUAUGAUUUUUUUUACCUUUCAGAACUAAAACAACAAAACAGCGGGAUUAUUAUCAAAAGCAUUGUUCUUUUGUGCAGUUGCAAAGAUAAACAAAGGGUAUUUUUGGAAUAUUGUUUAAAGAUUAUCUGAUGCAGUGGAAAAGAAAGGAGAAUUGGAUGUAUGUUCAAUAUCUCUAAAAAUUCUACUUUUUGCUGGUAUAUUUUUUCGAGAUGUGGAUUGUGAAGAAACAAGAAGCGGCAAAUUGGUGAGUACACAUAGCAAGAUGUAAUGUAUUGGAGUUGUGUCUUGUGUUGUGUUGAUUUAAUUGAGAAUUGGAAACUAAGGAAAAAUGAAUGGAAAGAAAAAGAGAGUGAUUGAUGGUAUUUUUUGGAUGGUAAAUUGUAUGUAAAUUCUACCAUGUGCAUGUUUUCAAUCAAUAAGAUGUGGAU